AACUCGAAAGAGCUGUCAAGCCAAAAGCUAUUAUCAAAAACUCGAAAGAGCUGUCAAGCCAAAAGCUGUCAAGUGUGUACAGUAAACACGCACAGUUAUUAUAAAUACUUGGGCAAAUACUUUGAUGAGCGUAUUUUUUAUCUUGACUACUAUUUAGCAACUCGUUUUGCUGCCUCAUAUCAAACUAGCGAUCUCAUCAUAUCACAGUAUCCAGUAAACAAUCAAUCGUAGUAAAAAGAGAAAUAUUGGUCGAUUGGUGGUCUGUUUGAACUGCAGUGACUAUUGUAUACAAAGAACUAGUCACUUACAUAUUUUCCAAUCACGAUGAGUCUAUUGUUGAGUACGAGCAUAGAUUCGCUAACUGAAAUGGCUUUGAGUCCAACAGAUCCCAAUUCGUUUUCCAGACCAGAUUUGGCUGUUGUUACUCAUAUUCAUCUCAAUGUGAAGGUGAAUUUUACAAGGAAGAUGUUUGAAGGCAGCGUCAUCCUCGAUGUCGAGAAGAAAGGAGAUACCAAUGUCUUGAUUUUGGAUGUAAGGGGUCUAGUCAUAUUGUCAAUUACAAAUAUAUUUGAUGGAUCAAGGCUUGACUACUGCAUUGAAAAAGGUGUUGAUUAUGGAUCAAAACUUAGUGUGGAAUUACCAGAUGACCCAAUAAUUGAUGAUGGCAAAAUAAGUUAUAAAAUAAAAAUUGAUUACCGAACAUCUCAAGACUCUACUGCUAUACAAUGGCUCAACCCUGAACAAACAGCAGGGGGAAAACAUCCAUACUUGUUUUCUCAGUGUGAGGCCAUUCACGCCCGAUCUAUGUUACCCUGUCAAGAUACGCCAUUUGUAAAGUCUACGUACACAGCAGAGAUAACUGCGCCAGCUGAACUAAAUGUUCUCAUGUCAGCAAUAAAAGAAAAAAUCAUUGAUGUGGAUAAAGCAUUAAAGAUCCACAGGUUCCAUCAACCAGUACCAAUUCCAUCGUAUCUUAUAGCAAUAGCCGCUGGUGCUCUUGUUAGCAAACAAAUCGGGCCGCGCACACGAGUAUGGACCGAAAAAGAGUUGCUCGACAAAGGCGCUUACGAAUUUGAAGAGACUGAAAAGAUGUUAAAAACGGCAGAGGAUAUUUGUGGACCAUACGUUUGGGGAGUAUACGAUUUAUUGAUCCUGCCUCCCAGUUUUCCGUUUGGUGGUAUGGAAAAUCCAUGCCUUACUUUUGUCACACCAACUUUACUAGCUGGUGAUCGCUCGUUGGCCAAUGUAGUUGCUCAUGAAAUAUCUCACAGUUGGACUGGUAAUUUGGUAACAAAUAUGAAUUUUGAACAUUUUUGGUUGAACGAAGGUUUUACGGUAUUCGUUGAGAGAAAAAUAUUGGGUAGAAUGUACGACGAUAAGGUCAGGCAUUUUGCUGCACUGAUGGGGGUCCAAAGUCUGAAAACUGCCCUUAUAACGCUUGGAGACAAAAAUCCACUAACCAAUUUGGUGACCAAUUUAAUUGGGAUCGAUCCAGAUGAUGCUUUUUCAGUUGUACCUUACGAAAAGGGACACAUUUUCCUAUUCUAUUUAGAACAGCUACUUGGAGGGCCUGAUGUGUUUGAGCCUUUCUUACGAAGCUACUUGGAAGAAUUCAAGUACAAAAGCCUAAGCACCACACAGUGGAAAGAAUAUUUGUUUAAAUAUUUUUCCGACAAAGUUGAGGUUUUAGACAAAGUAGAUUGGAAUGCAUGGUUCAAUGAGCCUGGUUUGCCUCCUGUGAUUCCCAAGUAUGACACCACUUUGGCUCAAGAGUACUUAGACCUCGCUGCCAAGUGGCUAGCGGACAAGCCGAUAUCCGAGUUCAGUAAGAGUGACAUAGAAAACUGGACGUCCAAUCAGAAAGAAGCUUUCUUAGCUGAACUAGUAUUAAACAAUAAAUCUUUGUCCCUCGAUCAAGUAAAGUCAAUGAGUGAGCUUUACAGAUUCGAUUCCCGGCAGAAUUCCGAAAUACGAUUCAACUGGCUGAGAUUGUGUUUAAAAUCUCGGUGGGAGGAGAAAGUGAGCGAGGCUUUGGAUUUUGCCACGUCUCAGGGAAGACUAAAGUUCGUGCGUCCGCUUUUCCAAGACAUCUACGCCUGGGAAGAGAUGCGCCAGCGAGCUAUCGACGUAUACAACGAAAAAAAAUACAAAAUGAUGUAUGUCACGCGCGAGAUGGUAGCCAAGGAUUUGCAUAUAUUAGACAAAAACAAGAAUUAAAGCUUUAGAUGAGACAAAGUGAGAUGUAUGUUAACACCAAACACCCAUGUUACAUUAUAGUUCUUCCAAUUUAUAUACGAGUUUUUAGCUGAACUGUACAAAAUAAGCGUUUUCAAAAAAUACUUUUAAUGGGCAUUUACACAAACUUUUGUAUUGUAAACUUGCUAGAAUUUAGUAAAAAAAUAGAAAAGACUUAAAUAAGAAUGUUCCAA